AUGACCGACCUGCUCCGUCAAGAAAUCGUCACCGCCGCCGAAACGAUCGUCGUGAAGGUCGGCACCCGCGUGCUCACCUGCGCCGACGGCACACUCGACGACGGGCAGAUUGCCAACCUGGCCGAACAACUCAGCCAUAUGGUGAAGGCCAACCGGCGGGUUACGCUCGUCAGCUCUGGUGCGGUUGGGGCCGGCAUGGGGCAACUCGGGAUGACAUCCCGACCGCAACGGUUACCCCAACUGCAGGCCGUGGCGGCCAUCGGUCAAAGUUUCCUCGUGCAGGCCUACGAGCGGCAUCUUCGCGCCCACGGGCAUCACGCGGCCCAGGUGCUGCUCACCGCGUCCGACCUCGACGAUCGCACCCGAUAUUUAAACGUACGCAACACGCUGCUGGCCCUCUUCGAAUGCGGCGCGGUCCCGAUCAUCAACGAGAACGACACGGUCAGCGUUGAAGAAUUCCGCACCACCUUUGGCGACAACGACCGGCUGGCUGCCCUGGUGACCAAUCUGCUGCGGGCCCCCCUGCUCAUCAUCCUUUCCGAUGUCGACGGACUGUAUGACGGCGACCCCUCAGACGCGGGCUCGAAGGUGAUCCCCACGGUAACCGAGUUCAACGAUUCAACCUGGGCCUUCGUGAACGACGUCCGCCGAGCCCAAAGCAAAGGCGGCAUGGCGAGCAAACUCCAGGCCGCCAACAUCGCCACGCGAGCCGGUGAGAACGUGAUCAUCGCCAGUGGUCGACGCCCCGACACCCUGCAACGCAUUCUGGCCGCCGAGCCCGUCGGCACGCUGUUUCUCGCCCAAGGCGGAUCGGUUUCACCGCGGAAACGCUGGAUCGGCUACACCGUGCAACCCCGGGGGUUCCUCGUACUCGACGACGGCGCCCGCCGUGCAGUCGAACGCCAGGGUCGAAGCCUGUUACCGAUCGGCGUGACCGACUGCGGGGGCGACUUCCAAACUGGCGACGUGGUGGCGCUCAAAGACGCCCAAGGCAACGAGUUCGCCCGCGGGAUGAUUAACUACCCGCUGGCCGACAUGCGAAGAAUCAAAGGGCUGCAAACCGACGCCAUCGCCGACGUCCUCGGAAGCUGCCCCUACGAAGAAGUGAUCCACCGCGACAAUCUGCUGGUACUCAUCCACACCGUGCUGCGCCCGCAGCCAGGUGCGUUGGCUAUCGUGACAGGCCAGCAUGUCGCGUUUCUUUUCGAAGGUCUUGCUGAUGUCGACAUAGAAGUGCGGCACUACCGGCUCGCCCCAGUAGUCGACACCCUCGAUCGGAUCGACGUAGUACAAGUGCGGAAUCUUCUCGGUCGCCCCCGCGGGGUCCCAUUGCUGCGUGGCGUAGUUAGGGCAACUCGCGUUGAAGCAGGCAUCGCGAACCAGGCGACUGGUGGCUUCGUGGUCGUCCAUGUAAUCGACCGGCGGGGCGGUGAUCACAAUGUCGGGCCGGUUGCGGCGGAUGGCCUCCGUUACGCGUCGCUUCGAGUCGUUGUCGACGACGAUACUCAGGUCGCGAAACUCCAGGCACUCAUAACUGGCCCCCAGCAGUUCGGCCGCCUUCUGCCCUUCUCCCCGCCGCACUUGGGCAAUUUCCUCGGGCCCCAUCUCCCGACUCCCACAAUCGCCGGGCGUCAUCGAGGCGAUGGCUACCUGAUGGCCUGCCUCAACCAACAAGGCCAGCGUGCCGGCACAUUGAAACUCCACAUCGUCCGGGUGGGCAUGAAUGGCCAGUAUCCGCAAGCCCCCACCACGCAGCAAUCUGCCCGGGUUGUGCCGGGAACCCGCAUUCCCUGUUACGCCUUUGAUAACAACACCGACUUGGCCUCGCACGUGGCCGAAACCAUCGCCGCCUUGGUCCGCGAGCGAAACGCCAUCGGGCAGAACGCCGUGCUGGGGCUCCCCACUGGGUCGACCCCCUUGGGCGUCUAUCGCGAGUUGGCUCGCAUGCACCGCGAAGAGGGGCUCGACCUCUCCCGGGUUGUCACAUUCAAUCUCGACGAGUACUUCGGCAUCCAGCCCGACCAGCUCCAAAGCUUCCAUCGCUGGAUGUUCGAGAACUUCUUCAACCACGUGAACAUUCCACGGGAGAACAUCCACAUCCCCGACGGAACCGUGGCCCCGGAAGAAGUGGAAGACUUCUGCCGACGAUAUGAAGCAGCCAUCGCCCGCGCCGGUGGUAUCGACCUGCAACUGCUGGGAAUUGGCCGUAACGGGCACAUCGGGUUCAACGAGCCCUUCAGCGUGGUGAACAGCCGCACCCGGCUCUGCACGCUCGACCCACUCACGCGAAAAGAUGCGGCCAGCGAUUUCUUCAGCGGAGAGAACGUGCCGACCAACGCCAUCACGAUGGGCAUCGGCACGAUCUUAGACGCCCGCAAGAUCAUCCUCAUCGCCCUGGGCGAGCACAAAGCCUCGAUCAUUCGAGAAACCGCCGAAGAGCCCACGACCGAUCGCGUGCCGGCCAGCUUCCUGCAUGGGCAUCCCGACGCUUCUCUGCUGCUCGACACGGCGGCCGCAUCACAACUCACCGGCGAAUUGACCCCCUGGGUAUUCGGCAAUGUCACCUGGACCGAUCCGCUGAUCAAACGUGCCGUGCUGUGGUUAGGCGAACAAACGGGCAAGGCGCUGUUGAAGCUGGACGACAACGACUUCCGGAACCACAACCUGCACCAGUUGCUGAGACAUCAUGGCCCCGCCCAGAAGGUGGCCCAUCAUGUGUUCCGCUGGCUGCAAGACACGAUCGAAUAUCACCCGGCCGGGCAAGAUGGCCCGAAGCGGGUGAUCUGCUUCAGUCCCCACCCCGACGACGACGUGAUCAGCAUGGGCGGAACGCUGAUUCGCCUCACCCAAGAUGGUCACGAAGUGCAUGUGGCCUAUCUCACCAGCGGCAACAUCGCCGUGUUCGACCACGACGCGCGACGCUUGGCCGACUUGGUGACCGAGUACAACCGCCUGUUCGGCAUCGAUACCGAGAAAUCGCCCGAGCUUGAAUCGCGGGUCACACAGUCGCUGGCCAGCAAAUCGCCCGGCGAACCCGACAGCGAAGAGGUGCUGAACAUCAAGGCCCUCAUCCGUUGGAGCGAGGCCAAGGCGGCGGCCAUCGUUUGCGACUGCAAGGAAGAGCACCUGCACUUCCUCGACUUGCCGUUCUAUCGCACGGGAACCAUCGCCAAAAACCCAGUGGGCGAAGAAGACGUGCGGAUCAUUCACGAACUGAUCUCGCGUUUGACCCCCGACCAGAUCUACGUGGCCGGCGACCUUUCAGACCCGCACGGAACACACCGCGUUUGUGCCGAAGCGAUCUUCGCUGCCCUGCAACGUUACGAAGCAGACGGCAACACCCGCCCUGAGGUGCUCUUGUACCGCGGGGCCUGGCAAGAAUGGCCGGCCGACGAGAUCGAGAUCGCGGUGCCCCUCAGCCCCAGCGACCUGGAACAAAAACGGGCCGCCAUUUUCAGGCACGAGUCGCAGAAGGACAGUGCCCUCUUCCCCGGCCCCGACGAUCCCCGCGAGUUCUGGCAACGGGCCGAAGACCGCAACCGCGGCACCGCCGACGCCUACAACCGCAUGGGGCUGCCAGAGUAUUACGCGAUGGAAGGUUUCGUCCGCUGGAAGGGCGAAAACCCUCCUGGGCUUCGCCCACCGGUUCAAGAACCGGUGCCACCCGGGGGUUCGGUCCACCCAAAAACUUGCAACCGCCCCUCGGGCGUUGUUCAAUCGGGCGAGGUUGAUUGCUGCUCGCUCAACGAACUUUGCAUCGAGGGUCUUCCAGUGGGGAAUCUUUUCAAAACUGCUGCCGUCGUUCUGGGGCUGUGGAUUGCCAGUUGCACGGGACCUGCCUCUGCGGGAGAGACGCCGAAUUUUGUGGUGUUCCUGGUCGACGACAUGGGUUACGGCGACUUGGGCUGCUAUGGGCAUCCGUUGAUUCAGUCGCCGAACCUCGAUCGCUUUGCGGCCGAGGGGAUGCGGUUCACCGAGUGCUAUUCGGCCUGCUCGGUUUGUUCUCCGUCGCGGUCGGCAAUCCUCACCGGGCGCACCCCCUAUCGCAACGGCGUGUGGCGAUGGAUACCCGAGGGUCACCAGGUGCAUCUGCGGACUAGCGAAAUCACCAUCGCCUCGUUGCUGAAGGACCGCGGUUACGACACCUGCCACGUCGGCAAGUGGCACCUCAACGGGUUCUUCAACAGCCCCCAGCAUCCGCAGCCGAAUGACCACGGCUUCGAUCACUGGCUGGCCACGCAGAACAACGCCGCACCCAACCACGUGAACCCCGACAACUUCGUCCGCAACGGUGAACCGGUCGGCAAAAUGCAAGGAGCCAGCUCGGGGCUCGUCGUCGAAGAGGCGAUCGGCUGGUUGAAAAAUCGAGAGGAUGGCGAGCGACCGUUCUAUUUGAACGUGUGGACGCAUGACCCCCACAAGCCGAUCGAGAGCCUGCCGAAGUUCAUGGAGCCCUACGCAGGCCUCAAAGACCCCGACUUGCGGCAGCAUCAUGGCAACAUCACGCAGGUCGAUUACGCCUUCGGCCAACUGAUGGCGGCGCUCGACGAGCUGGGCUAUCACGAUAACACGCUGGUGAUGUUCACUUCAGACAAUGGCCCCGAGGGGGACGGUAUUCGCGCCCGCACGCGUGGUUCAACCGGAGGGCUGCGGGGCCGGAAGCGGCAUUCGCACGAAGGCGGGAUCCGCGUGCCCGGCAUCAUGCGGUGGCCGGGUCACAUUCCCGCGGACAGCGUCUGCAACGAGCCCAUCAUCGGGUCGGACGUCUUCACCACCAUCUGCGAGAUCGUCGACAUCCCGCUUCCGGAAGAUCGCCCAAUCGACGGGGCCAGCUUCCUACCGGUGUUCGAGGGCGGUGAGAUCGAACGUAGCGAACCGCUUUACUGGCGGAACCACCUGGCUCCCGAACCGUAUGUGGUCGCUCUGCGAGAUGGGCCCUGGAAGAUCAUCGGUUCGAGCGAUUUGACGAAGUUCGAACUCUACAACAUCCGCGAAGAUCGAGAAGAAACCCGCGACCUCUCAAGCGACCAUCCGGAGGUCUUCGCUCAGAUGAAGCAGAAACUCAUCAAGCAAGAUGCCGAAGUGCUAGCCGAAGGCCCCGACUGGUGGAAAGACGAACCGCCACGCGUUCCACGCAGAAAAAGGGCCGCAAAGUAG